GAAGACGACUUCGCCUUUGCCUGUUCGAAACGCCGCCGUUGCUCGCUCUCUCUCUUCUCUCUCUCUCUGCCUGCGAAGCUCCAAUUUUGAUUUUUUUCGUUGCUUCUGGUUUUUCUGUAACUGUGAACUGGAAGUACCGCUCCGAAGCCGCGGGUACAAUGGCGAUCGACCAUCAAAGCCAGUGGACCUGGAGAUGACUUAUGCUUCUGACCAUGGGGAUCAUCUCUGUAAUUCCAAUGAUUCAAUGUGGAGAUGCUUUCUUUUAAUCCGUUGGAUCUCCAGGUUUUUUGCAGAUUUGAAUUAGCAGGUUUGCUCGUUGAUUAGUUCUUGCUCUUCAUUUGCUGCCAAGAGGGAAAGGUGUGGUAAGUUACGCAGCAGCAAGUUGGCAAUGGAUCCUAUAGAGAUAAGUUCGUCGGAUAGCGAAACGGAGGUGGAAGACAGUGGGAGAAGUGGUACUGCCCAAGAUAGAAGGGUUCUUCCACCAUGGGAUUCGAGUUUGACUUCUGGUGCGAGCGCUAGGAGGCCAGAAACUGCCACUUCUGGAAGCUCUUUGAGAUAUGUUCCACACGUGAAAGUUCAUGCAAAUUCUUCCUUCAGUGAUGGAAUUGGAUCCUCUGCUCAAAGCUCACAGGAUGAUGAUGUCAGAUAUUUUCCUGAAAAUGGGCAUUCAGCUCUGCCUUCAGCCAUAAACUCCCGAAUUUCUAUUAGCCCUACUGGUGAUUAUGAAAGACUUUCAUCACAGCAGGCUUUGAAGAGAACACUUCCGUCAUCUUUCCGGCCACAUGUGCUCACUAAUAAAGCGAAUCUUUAUGAAGAGAAUGGGGACAAUAUUUGUAUUAAUGACAUCAAUGGAAACUCUUCACGGCCGAUUUCAACAGACAGCAAGAGCUACAUGAGAGACCAUUGGAGCAGGAACCCUGAUGAUGACGUUAUCAUGAUUGAGAAUAAAAGUAGUAGGAUUUUGCCACCGUCAAUUAUGCCCGCGAAGUCUGUUUCUGCUGCACAGGUUGCCGGUUCAAGUGAUCCCAUUUUUCAUUCUGGGAUUGGUGAUGAAAGGAUGUCCAAAGAUGACGAGAGACUGAUUUAUCAAGCGGCAUUAGAGGAUCUUAAUCAACCAAAAAUGGAAGCUAAUUUACCCGAUGGUCUGUUGUCUGUACCUCUGUUAAGACAUCAGAAAAUUGCCUUGGCAUGGAUGCUUCAAAAGGAAACAAGAAGUUUGCACUGUUUGGGUGGAAUUUUGGCUGAUGAUCAGGGCCUUGGUAAGACCAUCUCUAUGAUUGCCCUUAUACAAAUGCAACGGUAUCUGCAGUCUAAAUCAAAGUCGGAAAGCAUGCCCAAUCCCAAAACUGAAGCGCUGAAUUUGGAUGACGAUGAUGAUAACGGUAACAAUGCUUUGAACAAUUCCCAGGUUCCUGCAGAAUCCAAGGAUUCAAAACCUGUUCCAGAAGUGAGUACUUCCACCCAUGCAUUCAGUAAGCGGAGGCCCGCUGGAGGCACAUUGGUUGUUUGUCCUGCCAGUGUUCUCCGGCAGUGGGCUAGGGAGUUGGAUGAGAAAGUUGCAGGGGCAGCCAAGCUUAAGGUUUUGGUCUAUCAUGGAGGAACUAGGACAAAGGAUCCUGUUGAACUGGCUACUUAUGACGUAGUCGUCACGACAUAUGCUAUUGUGACAAUUGAAGUACCAAAACAACCUGUGGUAGAUGAGGAUGAUGCUGAAGAAAGAAAUGGGGAAGCAUAUGGAUUGUCGCCGGAGUUUUCAGCUAGUAAGAAGAGGAAAAAAGCUAUCAAUGUUAGUAAGAAAGGGAAGAAGGGUAGAACAGGUUUUGAUAGUUCGUCUUUUGAUUGUAGCAGUGGUGCACUUGCUAGAGUAGGGUGGCUUAGGGUGAUUUUGGAUGAAGCCCAGACGAUAAAAAAUCACAGGACUCAAGUUGCUAGAGCAUGCUGUAGCCUUCGAGCCAAAACAAGAUGGUGCUUAUCUGGAACUCCGAUACAGAAUUCAAUUGAUGAUUUAUACAGCUACUUCAGAUUCUUGAGGUAUGAACCAUAUGCUGCAUAUAAAUCAUUUUGUACGACCAUAAAGAUUCCUAUAUCGCGAAAUUCGCUCCAUGGUUACAAGAAGCUCCAAGCAAUCCUUAGGGCUAUAAUGCUGCGUCGUACAAAAGGAACAUUGAUUGAUGGGGAGCCGAUAAUUACAUUGCCUCCAAAAUCAAUAUGCUUGGCUACGGUGGAUUUCUCCAAAGAAGAGAGGGAUUUCUACACCCAACUGGAGCUCGAUUCACGUAUGCAAUUCAAGGCAUAUGCUGCUGCUGGCACUGUGAAACAGAACUAUGCAAAUAUUCUUCUGAUGCUUUUGCGCCUGCGACAGGCUUGUGACCAUCCAUUGCUUGUCAACGGAUACACUUCUGACUAUCUUGGAAACUUUUCUUUGCAAACGGCAAAAAAAUUGCCUCGAAAUAAGCUUACCAAUCUCCUGGAUUGCCUAGAGACGUCCUUGUCCACAUGUACUUCGUGUAAUGAUACACCGGACCACCCUGUUGUUACUAUCUGUGGCCACGUUUUCUGUUAUCAGUGUGUGUCUGAAUAUCUGAAUGGUGAUGAUAAUACAUGUCCUGCACAUAGAUGUAAAGAACCACUCGGUCCAGAUGUUGUUUUCUCCAAAGCUAUUCUCAGAAGUUGCGUCCUCGGCGACUCUGAAAAUGGUUCGACAAGUUCACAGCGAGCUGACAAAUCAUUGAUCAUGGAGCAUGAGUUUAGUUCGGCUAAAAUCAAAGCUCUUCUUGAGAUUCUACGGGCGCAAUGCAGAGGAAAAAGUGCAGAUGCAGAGCUUCAUGGUCCCAUUGAUUGUGAUGAUGAGUCUCUUUACGAAAAUACAGGCACUGCAGAUUCAACAUGCAGAGUUAAAGCUGUUAAGCACACAGCUGUUUAUUCAAGUUCUCCCCCUGAAGGACCAAUUAAAGCAAUUGUCUUUUCUCAGUGGACGAGUAUGUUAAACUUGGUUGAACAAAAUAUGGUGCAGUGUGGUAUACCAUAUAGACGACUUGAUGGAACAAUGACCCUUGCUGCAAGAGACAAAGCUGUGAAGGAAUUUAACACCGAUCCCGAGGUAAUCGUUAUGCUAAUGUCAUUAAAAGCGGGGAACCUUGGUCUAAACAUGGUUGCUGCUUGUCAUGUUAUUCUUUUGGAUCUUUGGUGGAAUCCAACUACUGAAGAUCAAGCUAUCGAUCGAGCUCAUAGAAUUGGACAAACUCGACCAGUUACUGUAUCUCGAAUCACAAUUAAGGAUACGGUGGAAGAUAGAAUUUUGGCUCUCCAGGAAGAAAAGAGAAAGAUGGUGGCGUCUGCUUUUGGUGAAGACCAAGGAGGCAGUGCCGCAACUCGUCUAACAGUUGAAGAUCUCAAAUAUCUCUUUUUGUUAUAGAUUUGUUCCCAUCACAUUUUUUGUCUUGAGUAAGUCUUCUCACUCCGAAAACCUCUGGGGAUGGGCAAGGGAGUGAUUUAAGUUUUCAUUAGUCAGAGGAGUGAGGAAUUUUUGAAUAUCUGCCGUCGCGCAUAUUACCUGCCGCCACCGGUGUUUUGACAGGAACAUCGACAGCGAACUCUAGAUUGCCCAUGCCUGAAUUUUAGGUUGACAAAAGGGGUUCUUGUCCAGCUGUGGAUGCAGCAGCCAGGCUAACAUGUGAAUAUUAUUCUGUAGAUUAAACUAGCUUAGCAUAGGAUUAGACCCUUCUAUAGUUUAUGGUAUGAUUAUUUUGUCUCUGUAUAUUCUCUC